AUGUCGUCCGGAAUCAACGAAAAGAAGGUUGACCCGGAACUUAAUGAGCAGGGUGUCGUUCAGCAUGAGACCCUCAGCGACAAAGAGCUCUUGGCCGCUUCCUAUGAGGCCGAGACCCGUGAAAACGAGAUGGGUGUUUGGGAAGCCGUCAAGGACCACCCCAUGGCGUGUUUCUGGGCGUUCAUCUUCUGCUUCACCAUCGUCAUGGAGUCCUUCGACAUGUUCUUGAACGGAAACUUUGUUGCCCUGUCCGCUUUCAAGGAAAGAUACGGCGUUGUCCUUGCCGAUGGAUCCAAGGCCAUUCCUACAAAAUGGCAGAGCUCUCUUUUCCAAGCCGGUCAAUGUGGUGCCUUCGUCGGUGUCUUCCUUGCUGGUCCCAUUACCAACCGUAUCGGAUACCGAUGGUGUACACUCUUGGCGCUGGUUCUGAUGAAUGCUACCAUCUUCAUCUCUUUUUUCGCCCAGUCGCUCGAGGUGCUCGUCAUUGGUCAGGCCUUCGAAGGUGUUCCCUGGGGUAUGUUCAUCGCCAACUCUCCAGCCUACGCAUCUGAGGUCGUGCCCGUCGUCCUCCGUGGUGUCUGUACUGCUACUCUGCAGAUGUCUUGGUCCAUUGGAAGCAUCAUCGUCGCGGCGGCCACCUACAGCUACAACAAGCGUCAAGAUGAAUGGGCGUGGCGCGGACCUCUUGCACUGCAGUGGGUCUUCCCUCUUCCCUUGAUGGUGCUCAUCUUCUUUGCUCCCGAGUCUCCAUGGUGGCUUGUCCGCCAUGGUAAGAAGGAGCAGGCUCUAAAGUCGAUCAAACGUCUUGGUCGCAGGAGCGGUACCCAGGCGUCUGCUGAUGAGACCCUUGCCAUGAUGGAGCGAACUGUCAAUAUCGAAGCCCACCUUGGUGGCGACCCAACUCUGCUUGACCUUUUCAAGGGCGUCGAUCUCAGGCGAACAAUCAUCACCUGCUUGAUCUACGCGUCUCAGAACUUCGCCGGUAACUUGAUCGCCAACCAGGCUACGUUCUUCUUCGAGCAGGCUGGCAUGUCGCCCGAUUUCUCUUUUAAGCUCAACCUCAUCAACUCCUGCCUUCAGUUGGUUGCCAACGCUUUGUCGUGGCCUCUCAGCGCCUGGUUUGGUCGCCGAACAAUCUUCCUGGGCGGUGCCAUUGUCAACAUGACCUUGCUUAUCAUCCUCGGUAUCUGUGCCACUAUCACGCAGAGCGUCGCGACCAACUACGCCCAAGCCUGCCUCGGUGUGAUCAUCUCCUUUGUCUUCGCCGGGUCCCUUGGACCCAUCUCCUACUCCAUCAUUGCCGAGACAUCCUCCAUCCGUCUGCGUCCUCUGUCUACUGGUGUCGGUCGUGCCGCCUACUACGUUGCUGAGAUCCCCAUGAUCUACCUCGCCUCGCAGAUGCUCAACCCCACCGGAUGGAACAUGGCUGGCAAGUGCGGAUACGUUUGGGGAGGAACUGCUUUUGUUUGCCUUGUCUCCGCCUACUUUGGUCUUCCUGAAAUGAAGGGCCGCUCUUACCGCGAACUCGAUAUUCUGUUCAAGCGCAAGGUUUCUGCCAGGAAGUUCAAGUCUACGGUCAUCGCUGUCGACGAGAACGAGUAA